CCCCCGAAUUUACACCCCCUCACUGUGGAUGCUCUAAAUACUAUUCAUCCUGAAGCAUGUGGGACACAUAAUGAGAAGGAAGGUGUUUGGAGGUUUUGUUUUUGGUUUGUUUUGGUCGAAAAAGGCGUUUGGAGUUUGUACAAGGAAUAUGUGGAGGAUGACGAUAUGAAAGCAGGCACAUGGACAAUUUGGACAUUAUUGGACAACAAGAGGGAGAAUUGCAUUCGGGGUAGAUGGAGUGAGUGAGUGAGCGACUUCUUCCAAAUCUAAAUCCUGCCAUAUAUGCGGUACUUGUUCACUUUUUAGACUUUUCUCUCUCCCACAAAGAUUUCAAGUUUUCUCCUUGGAGGAAAUGAAUAUUACAUUUUUACCCACGUAAGAAAUAAUAGUCCAUCCCUGUAAAAAUUUAUAGUUCCGCCAAAAGAAGGAGCAUAAACCGUUAUGUGGGAAAAUAUAAUGUGGUAGGUGGAGCCCAUGUAUGUAAUUCAUUCAUUGUAAUCAUCUACGAUGUUCAUAAGUUCUUUGUGAAUCUCGUCCAUGCACUCCACCACCAAGUAGAAGAAGAAGAAGACCCACAGACUCAUACCAAGCAUUUCACCACACUUGCUAAAUUUUGCUCUGCUUAGCAAUUUCCAUUCGCAUACUGUAAUGGCUCUGCAGGAGGAGGAAUUCAAAGAAUAUGCAGAGAAGGCCAAGUCUUUGCCCCCAGCAAGAGCAACAAAGGAUGCAGACAAACUAAUACUGUAUGGCCUUUACAAGCAGGCAACUGUUGGGUCGGUUAAUACCAAUCGACCUGGGUUUUUCAGCCCAACAGAGAGGGCCAAAUGGGAUGCAUGGAAAGCAGUUGAAGGGAAGAGCAAAGAAGAAGCAAUGACUGAAUACAUUGCAAAGGUGAAGCAGUUGCAACAAGUUGAAGGAGCAGCUUCCACCACAUAAAUCAAACCUUACAACAUCUGUCCACCUAUGAUGCAUGCCCAAACAAAUUUCCCAACUCCAUGAAUUUCAAAUUCUGUCUUCAUUUCUAAUGUUUAAGUCAACAUGUUCAAGUUGAACACA